AUGAAGGAGUUAUCUCAGAACCAGACUAUUGCUGUCCAUGGUAUUGCUGGUGCUGGGUCAGUGGCUUUAGCCACUGCCUUCACUUAUCCUCUAGACACCAUGAAAGUUCUCAUUCAGGUUGGUUCCAGUGCUGGUAAAGGAUUGGACGCUGCUCAGGCUUUGACGAGAGUAGUAUUUCUGUCGGGUAAUGCAGGUUUGUACAAUGGUUUUGGUUGGUUGGCGGCUGGAAGGAUUUUUGGUCUGGGAGCACGAUUUGGGGUUUACGAAAUCCUGACUGCCUUUUAUAAAGAUGGUCGGGAAGAUAAUUAUUUGUUUGCUUCUGAGGCACUUUUGGCUGGCAUGGUGUCUGGUGCCAUUGAGACAGUUAUAAGCUCUCCAUUCGAACUCAUCAAGCUUCGUAUGCAGGUUACCUCUGCUUCAUAUGCUCCAAGGUCCAACUUUGCCCUGGAAAAGGGGGCUCGUAAACCUUUAAUUGCAAGAUUACUUAAUGGCUGUUAUCCAGACAAAAGGUCCUUGGACAUGUAUACUGGUCUCAUCUCCUCCCUAACGACCAAAAAUACUAACAUGACUAGUGCUUUACUAGAGUAUCCAUGGACAAUGACAGGAUCUGGGAUGCCACCAUCAGUUUCCUCUGUCAGGAGACCAUCUGACAUUAUAUCUUUGGAAGGAUGGAGCACUUUAUGGAGAGGUCUCCGUUCUGGAAUUGCUCGAGAUUCUGUGUUUGGAGGUGUAUUUUUUUCUACCUGGCAAUUUCUGCACCAAGCAAUGCUAGAUUGGAAAGCUGUAGGGAUGAAUCCCCCACCUAGGUUAAAUGAAGAAGUUGGUCCAUUGUCUCCUUUCACUGUUAGUCUUACAGCUGGAUUCUCAGCUUCAGUUGCUGCUGCUGCUUCGCAUGGUUUUGAUACUACAAGAAGUAGAUCACAAUGUAAUGUGCUGCCAAAGUACAUCUCAAUGGAAAGAAAGAUUUUGAAAUGGAAACGACCAGGAAACAAGUUCGAAAGAAUUACUGGGAUCCAUCCUUCAGACAGGAAUGUCUUGUUCCGUGGUAUUGGUUGGCGGAUGGCUCGGUCUGGAUUGGCGUCAUUCAUGAUUGUAGGAAGUUAUUUGUUCGUUGCUGAUCAGCUUACAUCUUGUUUGACUUAA